UUUUCCAGCUUCUCUCACUUGUCGCCGCACAUUUUCGCGUUUGGUAUUCCGUGUGCGAUGAAUGUGACUCGCUCGUUUCCUUAUCGCAAUUGAAAAAUGAAGUAGCUCGUCGAGUGGUCGCCCGUGAAACUGAAUAUCAUCCAACGUCCGAAAUUUUAUCGUUGCGCGCCCUUAUCAGCAACCAGCCGAGAUUUUUCCUUAUUCAAAUAGUUUUGUAAACGGCGCGUGGAAGUAGAGUCAGUGGAGCAGUUGGGAGACAAUCUCGUCAGAACCGUGUAGCUUCCCCGUGAAACGCAAGUGCGUCGUAGAUUAGCGAGACAAUCGAGUAGGUAAGGAAAUAGAACGCAAAAAUGUCGGAGACGCCGGAAAGUGAAGUCCCCGCGAGCGAGAGUUUCGUCGGGCACGUAAUAAAUGAAAUCAUAACAAGUCCUCUCAACCUGGCACUGGUCGGUGUCAUUGCACUGCUUAUUUACAAAAUAAUCAAGAGCCGCAUCGAAGUGCCGCACAGCCACUCUGCGCCCAAGGACGACCUGCCGCGACUUCGACGUGAUUUUACGCCUCAGGAGCUGCGCGAGUACGACGGCACACAACCAGAUGGAAGGGUCCUCAUGGCUGUCCUGGGCAAUGUGUACGACGUUACGAAAGGGAAGCGCUUCUACGGACCAGGUGGUCCAUAUGCCGCGUUCGCUGGCCGAGACGCAUCCCGAGGUCUUGCUACUUUCAGUGUGUCACGUUCUGAUGAUGUAGAAUAUGAUGAUCUUAGUGACCUGUCAACAAUGGAGAUGGACUCUGUUCGAGAAUGGGAAAUGCAAUUCAAAGAAAAAUAUCCUCUGGUGGGUCGUCUUCUGAAACCCGGUGAAGAGCCCUCAACAUAUUCUGAUGAUGAAGAAGAAGGAGCAGCCGAGGCGGCCUCAUCGCAAAACCAUAGCAAGUCUGAAUAACUCCGUUCUCCUGGGCGAAAAUUCCAAAUCUAAGAAAGAAAUUGAGAAGAAAACUUGUUUUCCAUUAUAAAUUACUCGAUUACCAUUCUGUCUAAAAAUGUUACACCCAAAAACCAUUUACGAGAAAUAAACGAGGAGACGCUUUUUUAUCUAAGAAAUUUUUAUAAUAUUGGAAUUAAAAGAUGGGCACGUAUAUAUGUUUAUAUUUAAGAUGAGAGUCGCUAAAGUUUAGUUUUUAAUCAACUUGCAUCCGGGCGUGUGAAUCUGAAAGUAGCGAAGGGCAGAUGUCGCGCGAUAACUUAACAUAAAGAAUAAAAAAUUAUAGUGGUUGAUAGAAGUAUCUUAAGGCUUCGAGAUGAAUCGUAAAGUAUAGAGUGGAAUAUAUAGUAAAAUACUUGUGGCAGCAAAAUAAUUCCUUAUCCUUUUGUAAGAUUUUUACAUCAUAUUUCUGUUGAAACUAUUGUUAAUUUUUGGGUUUAUAAUAAAGAAAAAACAUUAUAAA